UAGCGCGCGCACAGCCGUUGUGGACACACAUUGCUCGUGUUGUUGUGGCUCCAGUGAUCCACGUGAGCACCGAGCAGCGCUUCUUACUGGCUCGCGCGGGACAAGAGGAGGCGAGGAGGCGAAGAGGCUGUGUCUGUGUACUGUAGUCCCUGACACUAUUACAAAACCAAGAGACGAAACGACGCCAGCUGAAGCUGUCACACAUGCGCUAAGCUUUUAGCGUUUUUUAACCGAGACAGACGGGAGAAGGCAUCCUUCAAACCUCCGCAUGCCCGAGGGUGGCGUGUUUCCAGUGUGGAGGGGGAUCGGGGUCGGUAGUGGUGUCGGAGGCGGGUGGAGCCAGGGCUGGGGACGUGGCUUGCGAUGGGAGCCUGCCAGUCCAGGACAAGGGGCCUGGAUCCCGGUAUUUGACUACCCUGUAUGGGGUGUCCUCUGUCGUGGGGGACACGCCAGGCUCAGGGAGGUUUGUCAGAGAGGGAGGAGUGCCAUCAAACUGCCCACAGACAUGCUCAGCAUCAAACUUCCCCAGCUCUUUGACAUCAAUCAGGUCCCCAAGGUGUUCAGGGAGGAUAGCAUCAUCUCUGGAUACCGUCACCCGCGGAGCUCAGCGCUGGACUGCGUCCUCAGCAGCUUCCAGAUGAACAACGAGACGAUCAACAUCUGGACCCACUUCCUGCCAACGUGGUACUUCCUGUGGCGUUUCUGUGUCCUCUGCUCCACUAUGAACUUCCUGACCGACAGCUACACCUGGCCCCUUCUGGUGUACAUGCUGCUCAUCUGCAUUUACCCCUUCACAUCCAGCUGUGCACACACCUUCAGCACCAUGUCCCCAGAGUCUCGCCACAUCUGCUACUUCUUUGACUACGGAGCGCUCAGCCUCUACAGUCUGGGUUGUGCCAUAAGCUAUGGAUACUACGUCAUUCCAGACUGCUGGGUGAACAGCUGGUUCCAUCAACACUUUGUCCUCAUUGCCGUUGGAAACACACUGUUCUGUACAAGUCUGUCCUGUUAUUCCAGGUUCCUAGAGCUGCAGUUUCCACAGAGAAGUAAAGUUCUAAGGACAGGAGCGUUUGUCCUUCCUUUUAUAUUUGACACUGUUCCUCUGUUUUACAGGAUCCUUCUCUGCUGCGUGGGAAGCUGCAGCCUGAGCGACGCCUUGUCCAGUCACUGUUACCACCUCCUCUUUGCCGUCCUCACCUGCUUCCUGUUUACCGCCCACCUCCCGGAGAGGUUGGCCCCAGGACGCUUCGACUAUUUUGGCCACAGCCACCAGCUCUUCCACAUCAGCGCUGUGGUGGGGACCCACUUCCAGAUGGAGGGCGUGAUGGCAGACAUGACGUCACGGCGGGCGUGGCUCUUGGCCCGCGGAGCGAUGCCCUCGUUCCUGGGGACCGUCGGGGUGUUGGUCGCCAGCCUCGUCCUCAACCUGGGAAUCAUCGGCAUUUUCAGCGCCCCGCUGCUGUGGAAACCCUGCCACAGCUCCAACCAGCCGCACACAUCAAGGCGCGAGUGCAAGGAGAAGUGAGGGCGCAUUUUCCACCAACCAACAGCCACAAAAUGUCUGAUUCACUUUCCAAAGGAAAGGUUUGGGCUGUUUGUCUGUCUCAGCGGCGUGUGUUUGAGAUGACUAUUAACACUUCACGGUAGUGCUUGUUUAAUACCAAUAGUUUUUAUAAUUCAGAGAUAAAGAUUUUGAUGCAUCAUGUUCAGUGCUAAAGGAUUUCCCUAACACAGUUAUACACCUGAAGUAUUUGUUCAUGUGUUUUCUCAGCGCCUAAGGACCCAGUUGCAUUCAUUGAAGCCUUUUUCUGAUGUUGCAUUAAGCUCCUAUGUGAGAAAACAUGUCUACCGUGUACAAAAUGUCUGUUUAAUUUAUUUUUAAAGAUCCUCAAAGUGCAUUUAUUGUAGAGCCACACUUCAUAUAUGAUGUUUACAGUAGCUCACUACAAGUUUAAAUCUCAAACUGGAAACAUCUAAUGUUGCAGUUGCAGGGAUUAUAUUCUGAAUUAAUAAUGUUUUUUUUUUUUUUUGCAUGUACUGGGCCAGAAUCUCCUUUACUUUAUUAAGGAUUUAUUGAAAAUGUUUUUUUUAACUGGAAUACUUGGUUAGUGUGGUUGUUCUAUGUAUAAGCGUAGACAACCCUCAUGUAACUCUGCAUAAUAUAAUGCAGAUUGUGUUGCCGGCUCUUAUAUAUCCACCUAUUGAUUCCACUCUGCGCGGCCUGGAAUUGAUUUGCAGGUCCUGUGGUUCUUUUUUUUACUGAUUGCCUGGCUUAUUAUGAACCCCACAAUCUGCCCUCAACAUAAAAAAAAGAAAUGUUACAGCGCGGCAGUAAUUAAAAGACAGGUACCAUUUUUACAACAGUACAUUUCCAGGGCAACGCUAGAGUGGCCCCUGGAGGUCUUGAAAAUGUUUUCUGUUCUGAGCAAACGGCAUUAUUCUUUUCUUUUUCUACCAUGACGUAUCCUAAGAUCUAUUCUGAACAUUUAUUUUCAAAUUUCCAACACCUGCGCUUUAUAGCUAAAGAGUAAAGAAUUAAGAGACAUGGAGAGGCAAAAAGUACAUGUAGUCAUAGUUUGUGGUCGUAUUAACAUGGUAGUACUUUUUGUACGUUUUGCAGUGCUGUGGUGCAUUUACAGUAAAACAAAGCAGUAACACUCCUUACUUACUUACUUACUUACUUACUUUGGUUAUCUUGUUGUCCCAUGAGACUGUUAUUUACCACUGAAAUAAUAAUGAUAUAUUUAUAGAAUCUAUUAUAUGUAUUGCUUGUUUUAGGUGCAUAGGCGGUAAUGAAGAUGAGGGGUUUUCUUUUUGGAGGAAGUACCAUGGAUUAAGUUACUAUAGUUCGCAAAACAUGAACACUGCUAUUGAGCUUUGUUUUCUUAAAACAAGUGAAAGAAGUACAGACAGAUUAUUUCAAUAGCUCUCCAACUUAAGUCAACUUUUUUCAAGAAAAUACCUGUCUGUAUUGGAACUGAAAUGAUUAGUUUAUUAAUCGAUUAGUUGACUGACAGAACUAUUUUGAUAUUAGAUAAAUCAUUUGAGUAAUUUUUUUAGGUAAAAAUGCCAAACUUUUUAAAUGUGCAUAUUUUUCUGCUUUUCUCUUGUUUUUUAAUUCAUUGUAAAUUCAAUAUCUUGAAGUGCUGGCCCUCUUGGAUGAAAUAUGGGAAACUGUGAUGGGCAUUUUUCCUUUUUUAUAUAUUUUAUAGACAAGAGGAAAAUGGCAGAAUAAUAGAUAAUAAAAUUGCAGACGAUUCUGAAAAACGGGUUCAAUUCAAAUGAUCUAAUUCACUUGUUUUAAGAAAAUAAAAUUACAAAUUAAUUGAUGAAUUGAAUAAAUUAGACAAUUCAAUAUAAAGCCAUAGCAGUACUGUGUAUGCAGCCUAUGUUUCAGAGACUUGACAAAGAAGAAUUGCUAUAUAGGUUUUAAUGGGAGAUAGGGUGUUGCACUACUAAACAGCUCUGUUGAAGCACUGACAUACUGUAGGUACAGAUUUCAACUAUAAUCCUUUUACUUGACAAACGGUUUGAAAGGCUCAUUUGUAUAAAACAACUUUGAAAGCAUAUAUGGCACAAAUUUACACUUGGUUUCACCACUAACACCAGUAGUUUGAUCACACAACUCACAGGAAGCACGUGGCAAACACACACACACACACACACACACACACACACACACACACACACACACACACACUCACACAAAUGUCUUUUAGCUGUGUAAGUAGAGAGUUUAGUAAGAGGGGAAAAUGUAUGUGAUAUUAUGGGAUAAUGAGGUGUGGUACAGGUCCAUGUUGGAUGCUGAAGUAGAAAUGUCGAACGCAGAGUGAAUGUGUAGAAUCACAAAGAGCGCAAACGCACACAUAUGCACACACACUUUGCAUCAGAGCAGGGGAGUUGUUUAAGAUGUUUCCAAGGUUAGUGUGCAGAGUAUAAAAGUCACUUAGGUCUUUAUGUCGCAGAUGAAACGGAGCAGUAAUUUCCUUAAAUGUUUCUGUAUUAUCUCUUUUUUUCUUUUCUUUCUCUCUUCAGUCAUCAUCUUACAGCGUUCCUCGGUUUGACCCUGUUGAUUCUUGGAAUUGUAUCAUUACUGGCUUAUGUUGUGGUUCUUUGCUAUUGAACCAAACUAGUUUGGAAAUCAUUUUUUUCUGUUUUUUUUUUUCUACUGUCAUCUCAAUCAUUCUCAGCCAUUUGGUGCCUGCAACCAACAGUUGGACGGUUAUGAAGCUCAGAGAUGCUGAUCGCCGAGGCUUCCAUAUCAAAUAGAUUGAUGCUGAUGUCGCUUUUCUGUAUUGUAUUUUUACAAUUAUUUUUGACCAAAUUAUCAUUUUCAAGCCCAGAUAUUCUCCAUACCAGAUCCCUGUUAUUUUGAAAACUACUUUUCAUAUAAACCAUGUUGGUUUACUCCUCAGUGGACAAGCAGAUUCAGGUUGUAAUUAUCAGGAAAACUGGGCACUUUUCUCAUGAAGCCUUUAAAAAACAGAAAGUGUAUUGAAGGAUGUUUGGAAAAUAUGAAAUAGAGAGCAAAGACGAGUGCGGGAUGAACCAUUCGAUACAACAAGAAUACAAAACAGGGUUGAGUGCCUUUUAUAUGUUUUAUACAACCUUUCUUUUGAUAUAAUGCUUGGUUUGUUCCUUGUCUUUAAAAAAAAGACAAACUACUCUUAAAAUGUAUAAAUACUUAUUUGUUCUUUGCUGUGUAUAAUUUGUAAUUUUCUACUUUGUUCUACUAGACUUGUGUAAUAAAUUCCAUAUUUAUAAGUGUAAUAAUUGUCACUGGAAAAAAUUGAAGUGUCUUAAAACAGACUGGUUACCUUUUUACAUUCGUAACAGCAAUUUCUUAAGAUUAUAGUAUACUGUGUUCACGCUCAUAUAUUAAGAGUGUGAACACAGUAUACAUGUAUACUAAUGAUUAUUUUCAUUAUUGAUCGUUUUGUCGAUUAAAAAGCCAGAACAAAGAAAGAAAUUCCAGUUUAAAUUCCUACAGCUUAAGGUGAUAUCCUCCAAUGCCUUGUUUUGUCUGACCAACAGUCUGAAACCCAAAGAUAUUCAAUCCAUUAUGUAUUACAAAAAAAAAAUAUUAUUAUUUUCUAUAAAAAAUGGCCAAAACUAAAUAUUCCAUUAUUAAAAUAGUUGCUAGUUGAUUUUCUGUGCAUCGAUUAUUCAACGUAACAUUGCAGCUCUACUGUUUUAAACAUGUAUAUGUCAUACAGAUAUGCAACUUGAUUCUGAGCAAUGAAAUUCAAAAUGUGGUCAAAUUUUGGUCAAUUUUUUUGUUGGCAGACAUUGCAGAUCCUUCAUUUUAACACCAGUCUGAGUCUGAGCAGUGUUUGUGAGUGACCAGCAGAGGGCGGAACAAGCCAAUAAGAGGGUGUCCUUGUCCUGGUUGAGCAUGAAUCCUUAAAGGUCUAUCUGCAGGAAACCCAACUUAGGUGAGAAAUCUCACUGCAAAAAAUGGUCAGUGUAACAAGAAAUUUAGUCCGGUAUUCAGCCUUCAAACCAUAUUUUUCUUAAAUUGUGUGAGAUCCUUCAACUUGUUCCCAGUGAAGAAGCUUUUGUUUAAGGCAGCCUUGAACUGAUGGAUAAUAUCCAAAACAUAAAAUGAGGCAUAUCACUGCAGAAAAACGUUUCACUCUAAAAACAUAAAAAAAAUAAACUGAUGUGAAAUGAUCUCUUACUGUUCACUUAAAAUGUUUGGAUGCAGGAAACCUUGUAGAUGAAAUUACUUUAUAGACUUUGUAGACUAAAUGACUUAAAUGACAGAUUUCUUUUAAUGCGGUCUGUCACAAUGAGCUAAUUGAAGUGUGAAUGAUUAAAACAGGUUGAUUGGAAA